AUGACAUCCACACCAUCCUCCGCCAGUCGCAUCAACGCGACGGCCAUCGAGAACGCCUUCCCCACUCCUCCAACGGGUGAUAAUUGUUCAGAGAGUGCAUUUCACCUCAAAGGCCGCAUGUCUCCGGCCCCUCACAAAUUUCUGCCCGUGCCACGCGCUCAGUCGACUCCGCCUGAGUUGACGCACUCGAGUCAAUUCGCGAUACUCACAAAGAGCUCACACGGGCAGACAUCCGAUGUGGCCAGCUUGGAACACUCGUGGAACAGGUUGCGCUUAUCCAAAAAGAGGAGCCAAUACUACGAUGGUGCCUUUGCCUACCGCGAGCCAAAUAAUACUGCCAAGGAACGAGUUGCAAAGGACUGGGUAAUCCUGGCCGAGAUCAAGUUGAACUGCUGCGUCGAGUCGGAGAAGGAAUUCCUCAUCGAUUUGUCCUUUCGACUGUCCGAGAUUUAUCAACGUCCUGCAUCCUGCAUCAUGGCCAUGGUUACCACUGACAUUCCAAUACUACUCGGUGGUAAUUCUGAACCAGCAUAUCAUCUUACGAUUACAGCUUUACCUUCAGAAAUAGCAGCCACCAAGAACAAGAGAAGUACACAUUUGAUCCAGGAUUUUAUUCAUGAUACACUUCAGAUCCCGCCAAAGCGGGGCGUUGUGCGAUUCGAUGCCGUCCCGGAAGAGAACCUGGCAACAAACGGAAUGACUGCGCUGCAGGAGAUUGAGCAGCUUGAAAGGCAGUCUAAUGACGAAGAUGGCAUGAUGAGGGCGCUCAGCCGACAAAGAAGCCGCCGAAGCAAGAAAUCCAGCGCCCCGACUUUCGCAGAAAGGUUUCGUGUUGGCCUUCCGUCGAUCAGGUCGACGACUCCCUCGACUCAGUUUUUUAACACAAUCGAAACCACAGAAAUAAAAUCGGCCAUGGCCAGUGGCCCAGGCAAAAAGCGCGUCAAGGAGAGGCAAAGUAUUCUCGGGUUCUUCAGGAAAUGA